GUACAUAUAGAUUUGACACAUCACUUUUGCUUCAUCCCAUGCUAAUAAAAUACAUAGAUUCGGGAUAUACAAUAUAUCACAUCAAUUCUAUAUCAAUGUCGGUCCAUUUCAACACCAUUCAGCUCUAUUGUAUACCAUUAAUGAUAAAUUUAUGUAAUUUAAUGAAUUGUCACUCUUGAUUAUUGAACAGCCUUAAUAUAGUUUGGUAAAUUGGCACAACACAAUACCAUUUCAAGAAACCAUCUUUUACUCAGCUACAGAUAAGAAGGCCUUUACCGUGUAAGAAGCAUGAAUUUUGUAUGUGUAAUACCGACCCUGGCUUAUUUGUUUACAGCUAACUACUUGGAAAAAGCAUUCGUGGAGGUGAUGGACAAAGAUGUCAGCCUCUGCUCUGACGUCCAGGUGGUGUGGUGUGGAGAGGUACCUAACACUGUUGCUGCUCGUGAGAAGUUCACCUUCACCUGCAAUGUCACCUUCCCUGUCCGCUUUGUCCGUGUCACAAGGCGAUCCGCAAGUUCCGUACGUCUCAAAAUCGGACAUGUUGACGUGCAAGGGGGAGGGACUAUGAAGCCAUAUCGCUCAUACUACAAGCCGUCCAAGAACAAGAAGGUGUCCAAUCCGUUCCUGACAACGUCGGCCAUUACAGCCGGCGACUGCGGCAUCGUGUGUCACCAGCAUCAUUCAUGCAUCGACUUCAGCUACAGUGCAACAGCGCCGACUGAUGGGAACUGUCUGCUAACCGACAAAGCCUUGUCUUCACAUCACGUCAACGACAAUUCUUGGACAACCUACACCAUGUACUGUAUGUAAGAAUUCAACUAAAAAUACACUCUCCACCUCUUU